AUGCAGCUCAAGCAGUCUCAGUCCUUCGUGUAUACCGCCGUCCUCCUCGGACUGGCCACCCUCGCUGACGCCAGCCCUCUUCAAAAGGCACAUCAAAGAACAACAGACUUCGAUCCCGGGAACAUUUCCGUGCGAAAGCCAUGGGAGAACUUGACCAGUGACGAGCGCAUCGCCUACACUGACGCACUUAAUUGCUUGAUGGAAAAGCCGGCCAUGACACCAUCAGACGUGGCCGCAGGGGCAAGAACAAGAUAUGACGGUUUCAUCGUGACGCACAUCAACCAGACUCUGAGCAUACACUCCACCGCCAACUUCCUCGGCUGGCACCGCUGGUUCAUCUGGGAGAUGGAGCAGACACCUGCGCAGCGAACCGCAGAGGAAGGAUUCGCCAACUCCGAAAUGUUUGACGGCUCCGCGACAUCACUUUCUGGAAACGGCGUGUCUUUGAACUACACGGACUCGGAUGUCAUUAUUGCAAACAACGGUGCUACUGCGGAAGUCGUCUUGCCCCACGUCACCGGCGGCGGAGGUGUGACAAGCGGGCCGUUCGCCAACAUGACCGUCAACCUUGGCCCCGACGGACUCCUGGUCAUCAACGGCUCCGACAGCUCCGCAUACGAGUUCAACUACAACCCCCGAUGCUUCAAGCGCGAUCUGACGGAUUACGCGCUGCAGCGCUACGCCAACACCUCGAGCGUGCUGUCGCUGCUGCGGGAUGCUGAAGAUAUCUGGACCUUCGAGACGGUCAUGCAGGGCCCAGAGGCUAGGAGUCCACGGCGUAGGAGUCCAGCGCUGGGCGGCAACCCGGGCCGCGACGUCUACACCAGCCCCGGCGACCCGGCCUUCUGGUCGCACCACGCCAACAUCGACCGCGUCUGGUGGAUGUGGCAGAUGCAGGACCCGGACGCCCGCGCCGGCAACGUGUCCACGGCAAUCCGCGGCCCGCUGACGACAACCAACCUCUACGAGCCUCACGGGAAUGGCACCCUCCUGUCGGAGCAGGACCUUGGGCACGUUGCUGAUUGGGAGACUGUGCCGUUGGGAGAGCUCUUGUCUACGACAUCCGGCAAGUUCUGCUACGUAUACGAGUAA